AUGAAGGAGAAGGAUGUGCUUCCUGAGAAUGGUAAUAUGAAUAUGAGCAUUGAUGGAUCUUCGAGUGAACCGGCGACGGCUCCACAGGCUUUGUCUCUGCCGCUAUUGUACGCGAACCCUGUGACAGGACAGAGCCCUGCGAGUCCCAAAGCUUUGGUUGACUGGACUCCAGUCGGCGAACACGACCUGGUCCCCAGUACUUUCAAUGGAGAACCGGAAUUGAAGGUUUCAUCGGUAUUCAAGGAAAAACUGUGUUCGCCAUGGCGACAGACUCUGGUUGUCCGGGCAGUGGGGCUCGAUAUCUCCUACAUCACCUUCUGCAACAGGAUCAAAGCCCUUUGGCGGCCGUCGGGUUCAAUGGAAAUCAUGGGAUUAGGUCACUGA